AUGGAGAGGGAGAGCAAGCAGCAGCAGCCAUGGAGGACCUGCGGCUUCACUUGGCCGCCGAGAUCCUACCCCUGCAGCUUCUGCAAGAGGGAGUUCAGGUCGGCGCAGGCCCUCGGCGGCCACAUGAACGUCCACAGGAGGGACAGGGCCAGGCUCAGGCACGGCUUGUCUCCUCCUCCGGCCGCCCCUAGCAGGGCGGCGGCGGCGGUGAUUCCCAACCUCAACUAUCCGCCACCGCAGUCCCAUCGUCAUCGCCCCACCACCACCUCAUCGUCAAUAAUGGCGGCGGUGAGCUUGGAGUUGGGGGUUGGAGUGGUGUGCAGCUGCGGCAGCACUAGUGCUGCAGCCACCACUAGUGCUACUCCAGUAGCUCCAGCCGGCCCCGAGGAGGAUGACGGCGGUCUCGACCUUGAGCUUAGGCUCGGCGUCUCUUCUUCUUGA